CUGCGCAGCAGAGCUGUCAAAAUAUUGAAAUAUCUAACCACGGCAGACGGCAAUUGUGUCUUACUAAUGAGAAAACAAAAUACCACAUAAGGGGGACUGUGAGUUUACGGUUUAAGGUCAACUAUACUUCGUGUAGUUAGCUAGAGUUACUUCGGCGUUGGCUGCAUAACUUCUAGUUUUUUAGCUAGCAUCUUGUCUUGGACUGUUGACAAACUAAACUAGCUAACGUUAUCUAGCUAUACCAGCGAGCUAGCCAACUAACCACAAUAAAGUUAGCCGGCUAGAUAACGUUACUCUACUAGCUCGUGCAUGGUGAGUAUAUCAAAUAGCCUGCAAGCUAUUAUUGCAAUGAGAUGGAACUAAGUUUGGCCUGUUUCAUCAAGUUGUUGAAGAGUCCAUCAUCUCAUCAUUUUAAUGACACACGGCAAGGGCUGUAAAGAGUUGCAAAGGAGUUGUCGAAAAUGUGAAACUUUCAUCGAGGAGUCCCCCACAGAGUUCACAGUGAAGAGGCAAUGAUGGAUCGGAACAAGCGCAACUCCAUCGCCGGCUUCCCCUCCAUGAGGCCUGACCGGCUCAAUGACCUGGAUGGUGGAGGAGGGGAAUGGGCCCCGUCUCAGCUGGGAAGAGUGUGCCCCUCAUCCUACCGUGCCCUGAUCAGUGCCUUCUCCUGCCUGACGCGCCUUGAUGACUUCAUUUGCGAGUGGAUCGGCUCUGGCUUCUUCUCAGAGGUCUACAGGGUGCGCCACAGAGUGUCGGGCCAGGUGAUGGCUCUGAAGAUGAACAAACUGAGCAGUAAUCGAGCCAACAUGCUGAGAGAAGUCCAACUGAUGAACAGACUGUCCCAUCCCAAUAUCCUCCGGUUCAUGGGUGUGUGUGUUCAAGAAGGCCAGCUCCAUGCUCUGACUGAGUACAUCAACGGUGGGAAUCUGGAGCAGCUGUUGGACAGCGACAAGCCUCUGAGCUGGGCUACCAGGCUCAAGCUGGCCUGUGAGAUUGCCAAUGGCCUGGGCUACCUGCACUCCAAAGGCAUUUUCCACCGGGACCUAACCUCCAAAAACUGCCUGAUCAAGUCUGAGGAGAAUGGCUACACGGCAGUGGUAGGGGACUUUGGUCUUGCUGAGAAGAUUCCCAACCAAGAUGUUGAGGGGGAGAAGCUGGCGGUGGUGGGCUCUCCCUUCUGGAUGGCUCCCGAGGUGCUGAGAGAUGAACCCUACAAUGAGAAGGCAGAUGUGUUCUCCUACGGUAUUGUCCUCUGUGAGAUCAUCGCCCGAAUACAGGCUGACCCCGAUUACCUUCCUCGCACUGAAAACUUUGGCCUGGAUUAUCAUGCCUUCCAGCACAUGGUAGGAGACUGUCCUCAUGACUUCCUACAGCUGGCCUUCAACUGCUGCAACAUGGACCCCAAGCUGCGGCCCUCAUUCCCUGAGCUCGUCAAGAGGCUGGAGGAGAUCCUGUGUCGGCUGAAGGCAGAGGAGUCUGGACGAGAGAGGAUCCCCCUCAGUGGGGAAAAUGACAAGAAGACCAUCCCCAAAGGUCCAGGUGAAAAGGUCCAGGGGAUUAAGAGGUUAAACUCGUUGGGUCUGCAGGACGACAAGAUCCCUCCCAAAUCGCCGCGUCCUCGUCGCAACAUCUGGCUCUCCCGCAGCCAGUCAGACAUCUUCUCCCGCAAGCCAGGCAGGAAAGUCAAUGUCCAUGACCCUUACUACAACCCGGGCCCCAGGGCCAUGCCAGGGGCCCGCAAGAUCAACCCCUUCAAUGCCCGUGAGGACCUGUGCGGAGGCAAAAUCAAGUUCUUUGACGUGCCAAGCAAGUCAGUGUUCUCCCUGAUGUUCGACUUGCACUCUCUCCAGGACAGCGUGUUUUCCUCUGGGACCCAAACCCACUCUGGAGCCCCCGUCCACCCGGGCAUGUGGCAGGAGACCUGGUUCACUGGCAGGCAGUGCCGCUCUCUGCCCGCCUCCCCGCAGCUGGCCCUCUCAGAUGGCUCCUGCCCCCCAGCCUCUUGUACCCUCUCUGCCACUGUCUACAAGUGUGACCCGGCCCAGCUGGGCCAAGAGGUCAGGCAGAAGGUGUUCAGCGCCUGGGCCAGGAAAUAUGCUGUGAUGGAGAUCCCGCCAUACCAUGGAGGUCAAGAAACUGUAAAGAAAGAGGAGGAGAACAGAGUAGAUGAGAGCUGGUUUCCCUCUCCCAUGCCCAGUGACAGUGCAGAGGCUAUGGACUGCUCCAGCAGCCAAGGGAGCCCAGUGGAGGACAAGGACAAACACUUCUUCUACCCCAUGCAGGCCCAGAAUGGAGGCCCAGUGGAGGACAGUAGGGGCGUAGUGUCUAUGUGUGAGGAGAUGGAGGCUGAGGACCAGGAGGGCAUGCAGCAGCAGCAACAGACCUCCUGUUCCACUGUCACCCUCAGCCCAGCCACAAACGGAGGCCAUCUGAGUCCCAUUGUACUGGUGCCAUGUACGGCCAUACACGCCUCCACAGAACUGCCAUCUUAAGUGUGACAUCUAGGACUAAAACAGGUCAUGGAGAAAAGGCGCGUUGAGAGAGACACUCCUCAGAGAGACCCUCAGAUCAUCGUAAUCGAUGCUUUGCAGAUAGAGGUUAUUUUUUCAAGCUUGUUUUUAUUUAAUAUACUGAAAAGUCUUUUUUUCUUAAAGGUGUCCCUAAACCAGGGGUCUUCUAAUUCCUUGAGGUUAUUUGUGUGUAUGCUGGUUUUAAAUCACUGCCUACUCCUUAAUGUUUUAUUGUGAUUAUAUUCUGCCCCAUAGGGAAAUGCAUGGGAGUACAUGUACAGUUGAAGUCGGAUGUUUACAUACACCUUAGCCAAAUACAUUUAAACUCAGUCUUUCACAAUU